AUGUGUCCCCCAGUCAAUGUUCGCUAUGGGUCCAAGGGCAUGCCCAGCCUCUAUGCGGAAUGGCUAUACCAGCUUGUCCACGGAGACCAGAUGAAGAUCUGCUUUGCUUGCUUCAAGGCAGCUUUCCUAAUAAAUAGAAGAUUACUGGCGAUGCAACACUGGGAAGGAGAACCGCGGGAAGAUAAGAACCAGGAACUAUCGGGGUCGGGAACCUCACCAGAGGAAGACCCUGAGCAGGAGGAAGACUCUGAGCCGGAGGAAGAAUCCCAGCCGGAAGAAGAAUCUCAGCCGGAGGAAGAAUCUGAGUUGCAGGAAAAAUCUCAGCCAGCAAAUGAAUCUGAUCCAAAGGAAGAAUGUCAGCCGGAGGAAAAAUCUGAUUCAGGGGAAGAAUCUCAGGUGGAGGACUGGUUAGGGCAAAGCUGGGCAGAGGGCCAAGAAAAUAUGUUUCGUAUUACAGUGCAAGUCCAUAGUCCUCACAUCCUGACCCCGGGCUCUAUAGGGACUGAGCUGCAGCCUGAGCAAGCUGUACUCCUGGACCCACGCCCUGAGGAUUAUGACAGGUAUGUGGCAUAUCCCUGGAAAUUAGGUAGGUUCUCUCCCUGCCCCCAUCAGUGCAUCAUCCCCCCUCUGUCCUUCUGGGAUAUUUUCAAUGAGGACCUACAUUCUGACGAACAUCUAUUGUUAGAGUUGAGCCACACCUGGCCCACGAACCCGCUGGUAGAAUCCUGCUUGAAGAAACAGAAUUUCUUCUUGGUGUUGUGUGGCUCCGAUACUGGCUGGUACUUGGUGUCAAUGACUCCUUUAUGGGUAGUGAGGACCCAGGUAAACCGCUGGCAGAUGAUGCUGAAGCCUGAUGCCUUGGUGGUGUUCUACCUAGAGACUGGACCACAAAAGCAGGACAUGAACCGCUGGAGGCUCAGCAUGUUGGAAGCCUCAGAACUGGGGUUGGAGCUGGUGCCUGCCGACUGCACCCUGCUGAAGAAAGGAUUCAAGGUGCACUCCUACCUGCCCUGGCAGAGUGAAACCCUAAAGGACUGGGGCAGGGAACCAGGGGAGAGGCUGUUUGUCAAACAUAUUCUAUUUCUGAAAAAACUAGGCUUCCUUUUCUGA